CCGCAGCAAGAAGGACCGGCGGUUUGCCUUGUAGCAGAAGGAGCCGUCAGUUGUGGAAGGUGUAGAGUCUCUUUACGGUCGUGGUUCAAAUUAAAGACCGAAGGGGGGCAAAAACUAACAACGGAUCCUCUGCAACAGUACGGGAGAUGGAUAACAGUAAACGGACAGUGGUCGUUACAGGUUUUGGGCCUUUUGGAGAGCACACGGUCAAUGCCAGCUGGGUAGCAGUACAGGAACUGAAGAAACUCGGACUGGGCAGUGAAGUGGACUUGCACGUGUACGAGGUUCCUGUUGAGUACCAGACAGUGCAGAGUUUGGUUCCUUCUCUAUGGAAGCAGUAUCAUCCACUGUUGGUUGUUCAUGUCGGAGUCUCAGGUAUGGCCACCACUGUCACGCUGGAGAAGUGUGGCAGAAAUCACGGCUACAAGGGUCUGGACAACAGCAGUUUCUGUCCUGAUUCGCAGUGUUGCAUUGUGGGAGGCCCAGACUGCAUCGACUCAGUUAUUGACAUGGAAUCAGUCUGCAAGAGAGUGACUGCCUCGGGGCUGGGGGUAGCUGUGUCUGUCUCCAAAGAUGCUGGAAGAUAUCUCUGUGAUUUCACCUACUACACGUCUCUGUACCUGAGCCACGGUCGCUCUGCCUUCAUCCACGUGCCUCCUCUCGGAAAGCCUUACAGUGGGGAAGACCUGGGUCGUGCGCUGAAGGCCAUCGUCCAGGAGAUGCUGGAGCUUCUGGACCAGGCCGAGGAGAAGAUACACUGCCAGCAGCACUUCCACUAAGUGACCUCCAGAUGCCAACCAACCUCUUCAGCCUUCACCACACAAGAGAAAUUGCACUUAACCACAAGUAGCCAAAUUUCUUUUUUUUUUUUAUUGUUGUCUUUACUCGGACAAAAUGAAAACUCUAGCAUACAGGACAUUUUCAGCUUUUGCUUCUCUUUGUCUUAGGUUUUUGCUUUUUGUUUUGCUAAGCCUGAUUCAGUUAUGUUUUAAUGUCUCCCGAUGGUGUGAAGAUAAAAUGGGAGUCUGAAGACAACCCUUGGUCACAUUGUAACAUAUGUAGCUUUUCUCCCACUUCCAAGGAAAAUGAACCCCUCUGACUUUGGAGAUUAAAAUAUGGGAAUUACUGUAGGUUCACAAAAAAAAAAACACAGCAGCAAAAUGCUGCUUAUAUUUGUUUAUAUGCAGUUACAAAAGAGGUCCAGAAAGGUCGGUAAUGUGGCAGAUAUUACGACCUAGAAACCCAAACGUGACUCCUAUUAUUGCACCUUAUAGGGUUAGGGUUAUUGAAAUGGUUAUAGGAGUCACAUUUGGGGAAACUGUUAAAUGUACUCUUGACUUGGUUCAACCUCAAAUUUUGAGUUUCACUCUGUCACGAUAUGUUUCAUUCAACAGGUGUUCACACCUGAAUGUCUAUAAAUGGUUAAUGUACACAUUACAUUAUGGUUUAAGUAGAAAUGUUUAGCAGUAAACUGUGUUUGCUAAUUUCAGUUUCCUUCAGAUAUUUUCUUCCAGCUACUCUACAGCCCUAACUGUACCGUUUCACAUUUGAUGUUGAAUUGUUUCUUGAGUCCUUUUUCUUUAUAAGAAGUUGUAAAUUUGCCUUCUUUUACAAAGGUUAUUUAAAUCAGGGAACGGGUUGGUUCCAGCUCAUUUUCCCCCCAGUUUGUUGGCCCAAUUCUGACAGAAAAAAACCCAUUUUCACCUCACUGAGAUCUGGCCCAGGCUGUGCAAUGUUAUUUCACAGAUCUCAAGUUUGUCGAUUUGGGAAGUUCAUGUUGCGAGUUUGUCAAAAUUCUAUUAUGGCUGCACAAUUAUCUGAGAAAAUAUUGAACAUUACAGUUAUGACUUCAAAUUUCAUUAAACACAAUAGUUCCUCAGAGUGAGCUGUGUUUCAGAUGCUGUACUAAAGAAAAUAUUCUAUACAGUCUAAAUAGUAAUAUUGUUUUUAAAUAACUGAACCAAUGAGUUACAAGAAAGUGAAAUUACUGCACUCGAUUUCUGUGUAGUGAAAUCAUUUCCACUGAAUUGGGGCAUUGGUGUGUGAAGAUGUUUGGAGCAUUGACUGACUCUUUAAUGGAACUUAUUUUUGUCUUUAACCGUGCAGAAAACCUUAUUUUUUUUCUGUAAUUGUGCAGCCCUAAUUGGUAUUACUCAGUCAAAGCUUUCUGUUGCUCCCUUCAUUGAAUCAGAUGUAGCUGCUUAUUUUACCUGAGGAUUUGAUUUGAUGAAGUUGGACUCUCAGUUCAGUCAGAGUUGGGCCUGGACUUUUAUUUUCUGUAGCACUUUCCUUUUUUUUUUCAUUUUUACUUAAUCUGGAAUAUGGACAGCAUUUUCCGAGCAAUGUGAAUGCUUGCAUUUUGUUUUUUUUUUUCAGUCACUUUAACUUGAAAUAUGUAGCUUUCCAGACAUACACACAUCAUUUUUUUAACCCGCUUCCCCCUAUUAAUUAUCAUUAUGCAUGUGAGCUAUGCUUUAUAGGUGAUUUAUGCUUUAUCUUUCUGAGCUUUGGUUUGUUCUUACCUGUUUAACAGACUGCAGCACAUUCCUUCAGUGUGUCUGUGAUGGUGCCACUCCAAGGUGUAAAUGUUCUGUUUAAUAGCUUUUUUUUAAAUAGGUUUGUGUGUUUCAUUGUGUAGGUCAACGUUUCCCUGACUCUGAGUUGUCAAGUCAGCCCAGACCACCUAGCACAGCUUACCUAUCAGUAGGAAUUUAAACAUUGAAUGGUCUACGUAUUGUGUCAGCUUCACUCUGUGUAUCCCCCAACAAAACUACCUGCCUGUGGGAAACGAGGAUAUAGUUUUAAACUGUCAUAGAUAGUUUUAGGGAAAUUAACCGUGCUUGGCGUUGCAGCAGUAGUGGUCUUUCCUUGUGUUUUUAGUUAAAGUGCUUUUUUUCCUGCCUGAGUUAAGCAAGUUUGUGCCAGUGAGUUUAAGUAAAUUAGCAGUGUGUGUAUCAUUAAUUGCUAUUCAUUAUAAUGGUUUUUACCACAAACUAACAACCUGGAACAAUGAACUGAACAGAACCGAACUUCCUCUCAGACCUAAGUUUCAUCUUAGCCUUUGACAUUUAACAUGCAUCUUGGCUAUGUGGUUUUAAAUCUCUCUUAUGGAAUUAUUGAAACAAUGGGCAGGUUUUAGAUCUGAGUUUUGCAGGUGCUGAUAUUUUACUGUUUGGCUUUGUGAGAGCUGAGAAGUGAAAGAGUUGUGGAGGAGCUGCCCCUAAAAUGUCUGCUCACAAAUGUGAAAACCUCAAGUUUACAUAUGAGGUGACCUCUGACCCUGACUCUCUCCUGUGCCUUGCUGUUGUUUAUGUGUGUUAUAAAAAGGCCUUAAAAAUGUGCAGCGGGUCAGUUCAAAGAUAUAUUACUGAUGCUGUCCAGUCAGAUGUGUGGCUACCUCAAAAAUACUUUUUUAUCUCUGUGUGUGCUCUGUUGUACAAUAACAUCAUGGCUCUCUGAUUUUUUGUGAGUUCCUCUUUUUAGGGAGUAUCCUCUGAAAAGGUGUCUCCUUCUGCUUCUGACAUUAACAAAGCACUGUUACAAUAAGUAAUCUUGGCUUUGUAAAAGGAAAGGCUUUGAAGUAAAGAGAAUUAAAGGAUUACAACUAA